UUACUCCCGUCGUGUGUAUCUUACGUGUGAAACUCAUAUUUCCGACGCGUUUGAAGGCGGCGUUCCGUUUCACCAAACCACCCACAAUGCACCGCAGAAGUGGCCGUUUCCAUAGAGACGCAGCGGUCGUUAGCUCAAUGCUACCUGGAUGAAAAGCUAAAUACGUCCAAAAAAAACAGGAGCGGCUGUGGACAUGUCUCAGUUGUCGGCGGAUGACGAGGCGGAGUUGCAGUCGCUGCUCAGGCAGCUUCUGAACAGCAUCAACGACAGGAUCUCUGGCGCUCCGUCCACCGAAUGUGCCGAAGAGAUCCUCCUUCACCUGGAGGAGACUGACAAGAACUUCCACAAUUAUGAGUUUGUGAAGUACCUCCGGCAGUACGUGGAGAGCUCUCUGGGCACCGUGGUGGAGGACGAGACCAAGAGCUUGACCAGAGGAGAUGGACAACAUGCAGUCGGCUCAGGUCACGACACUUUGAUCCACGCCGUCACCCGGAGGACCAGAGACUCAGCCGAGUACCAGCAGAUGACGCACACCUUGAAAAACACCAUGAUCGUGGUGGUGGAGUCUUUAAUCAACAAGUUUGAGGAGGACCAGAUGAGGAAGGAGGAGAUGCAGAAGCAGCACAGUCAGUCCAACAACCAGUACGCUGACAACUGCUCCGACAGCGACUCCUCCUUCAACCAGAGUUAUGCAUUCAUCAGACAAGAGCAGCUGCAAGCUUUGGCUGAAAAACUGGACUCCAGCAAACCCAAAGAGGUGCGUUGGGAGGCUCUUCAGGCGCUCUGCUGUGCCCCUCCGUCCGACGUGCUGAGCUGCGAGAGCUGGAGCAGCCUGCGCAGGAACCUCUGUGCGGCGCUGAGCGACCCCGACCUCAGCGAUCAUGUUCUGCAGUUCUUUGCCAAAAGCUUCUCCUCCUCUCCGCUGAAUGUGACACGAGAGAUCUACACCAGCUUGGCUAAAACCGUGGAGUCCAGCUUUCUGUCUCACAAACUAAGCUUUCCAACCGGCUCAGCUGUCGUCGACAUCAACAGACCUGAGAUCAGUCGUCUUCUCAAACAGAUUCGAUUGAUGAACGAUUUUCAAAAGGAGGUGACGACCUUUUGGAUCCGCCAUCCUGAGAAAUACAUGGAGGAAGUGAUAGAGAGCACCUUCUCCUUGCUGACCUUCCCUCAUGAACAUGGCUCAGCCUCAGCAGGGACAGAGAAAGCACUGGAACCCAUUCACCUGCUGGCCUUAUUGGAUAUUAAAGCUACCUGGUUUAAAAAGUGGAUGCACGGAUACUACAGCAGGACUGUAGUUCUCAGACUCCUGGAGAGAAAAUACAAGUCUCUGAUUGUAGCAGCCCUUCAGCAGUGUAUCCAUUACAGUGACUCCUGUGAACGUUUCACAAAUGACUCAACUGAUCCCGGGUCAGCCGAGCAGCAGAACACCGGUUCAGACCAGAGGAGUGUUUAUACAGGAAAAGAGCUUGAAUAUGUCUUCUUUGUCCACUCGCUGUGUGUCCUGGGGAAAGUCCUCAUCUACACCAAUGGCAGAAAGUUCUUCCCCAUCAAAGUUAGGAAGCGCAAAGAUCCAGUCAGCCUGACAGACCUGGUUGUCAUCAUGAUAAACAUCGUGUACCAACACCCCAAACCUCGGCACGGCGACCCCUCACACACAGACUCGCUGUCGCCCAGCGGCCUGGCGAUGGAGGUGCUGUGGAUGCUGUGUGAGAGGACAGAGUGUGCUGCAGAGUGUCUCUACCAGACCCCCGUAAUAGAGACGCUGCUGGCUCCUGUUAUAGCUCUGCUCAAUGGACAGCAGGCUAAAUUAAAAUCUCCCGCAGCAACACUGACUCUUAUCGCUGAUGUUCUGGCUCGCAUCGCAAACACCGACAGAGGAUUAGCUCUCUUCUUAUACGAGAAGAAUCUAGUUCUAGCCCACAGCGAGAGAACCUUCGCUGCUCACGUCACUGUACAGUUCACUCUCAGGCUGCUGGAUAAAGAGCUGUCACCGCUGAGUGAAUCCGACACGUCCCAUACGUUAUGUGGAGCCUUCAUCUUUGUCUGUAGGCAGAUAUACAACACCUGUGAGGGUUUACAGGUCCUCCGACCCUACGGCCUGCACAAGGCUGUAGCUGCUGCCUGGAAAAAGACCAGUUCCCUGUCAGAGAGGGUCCCGACCCCGGUGCCUGGAGCCACUGCUGGGUCGUCCACCCAGGAGCUGCAGAACAUCAGGCACAUUUGGGAGGAGACGUUGUUGGACAGCCUGCUGAACUUUGCUGCAACUCCUAAAGGCCUGCUGCUGCUCCAGCAGACGGGAGCCAUCAACGAGUGCGUCUCCUACAUGUUCUCCCGCUUUACUAAGAAACUACAGGUGAGUCGCUGUGAGAAGUUUGGAUACGGGGUGAUGGUGACACAGGUGGCAGCGACUGCUCCAGGGGUGGUGGCUUUGCACAGUUCAGGCUUCGUCCGGGCACUGGUGGUAGAGCUGUGGUCUGUUCUUGAGUGCGGCAGUGAAGACGUCAGGGUGGUCCGGCCCAAGCCCACACCCAUGGAGCCCAUAGACAGGAGCUGCCUCAAGUCCUUACUGUCCUUGGCCAACCUGCUCUCCUCUUCCCAGUCGGUGUGGGAGCUCCUGGGCCGGCAGCCUUUAGCCAACAAGAGUGAAUACACCCUGAGAGAGAUGCCAACCUCUAUUCCUGAUCUGACUGACAGGCUGAUUGCUGUGAAUUCAGAUGCAAAGAUUAAUUCCCUGUUCCACUAUGAGCAGUCUCACACGUUUGGCCUGAGACUGCUCAGUGUCAUCUGCUGUAAUCUGGACUCCUUCCUGCUGCUGGAGAGCCAGUACAACAUCUGCUCCAUGCUGCUGCAGAGUCAGAGGGAGAACGUCACUGAGCUGGACGCCAGCGAGGGGGAGUUCAUCAUAGACAGCCUGUCAGUGGAGAGGAAUCAUGUGCUGGUUCGGGUCAGUGUGGUGGGAGGUCCGUCUGAGAGGAAGCUUCCUCCGCGAGCACUGCAAGAGGGAGAAGAACCGUACCCCUGGCCAAUGUUUUCAAGCUACCCUCUACCGCACUGCUACACUUUGGAGCCAUCGAAGGACCACGUUAACUCACCGGACUCUGAUAUCAGUGCAUUUCUGGCAUCAUGUAAAGACUCAAAGGAUGAGGAGAGCUGGAUGGAGAUCUGCCGGAGACAGUACUGCGACGUCAUGACCUCCAAACCCAACAUCCUAACUGGAAGAGUGCUGUCUGACCUUCUGGAGAAGGUUGUGGCCCAUCUAUCCAACUCUGCCACAGAGUGCUUCUUCUCUCCAGCUCAGUACAAAGCAGAGGAGAAGAGUGUGAAGAGUGCUGCAUUAUCAUCUGUGGAGCAGCUGGGAAUCAACACCUGUCUCAGGUACGGCAGCUACCUCAAGCUACUGAAAGAAGAUGAUGUGAACGACCUGACGCAGCUAAUGAAGCAUGUUAAGAUCUUCUUGUCCACACAGAGAGUUAAAACUACUUCAGAGCUCAUCACUCAACAGGAUGGUUAUCCAGGCCACGACUGGCUGGCCUCCACGGUGUUCCUCAUCAUGGCAGGAGACACAGAAAGGUCUCUGAGUUUGUUGCUCAAUCUGUCCUCUCUGCUCAUCUCUGCAUUCAUCUGGCCUGCGAGGAUACACGCCUCGGUCCAUGUUCCCGUGGAAGUGGCUGAAUCGGGAAUCACUCCUGUCUACUGGUGCACAGCUCACUAUGUGGAGAUGCUGCUGAAAGCUGAAGUUCCUCUGGUCCACUCCGCCUUCAGGAUGUCUGGUUUCACCCCAUCCCAGAUGUGCCUCCACUGGCUGACGCAGUGUUUCUGGAACUAUCUGGACUGGACAGAAAUCUGCCACUACAUCUCCACCUGUGUGGUGAUGGGUCCGGACUACCAGGUUUACAUGUGCGUGGCCAUAUUCAAACACCUGCAGCCAGACAUCCUGCAGCGAACGCAGUCCCAGGAGCUGCAGGUCUUCCUCAAGGAGGAGCCGAUCCAGGGCUUCAAGGUCAGCAACUACCUGGAGUUCAUGGAGGAACUGGAGCGCAGCUACAGAGACGUCGUUCUCGCCGACAUGAAAACCGUCCGCAACCCCGUCGAAUGAGAACGCGUCGGUGUUACAAAGGAACCUUUUUAAAGUAACUGUUAGACAUAGGAGCAUUUCUCCCAGCAGCCCCCACUGUGGGCUGUGACUCACUGAACAUGUGUGCGGUUUAUUGUGUUGUCAUGACGAUCAAAGCGUUCACUGAGCUCAUACCCGGCGAAGGGGGGCGCGUCGCGGACGAGAGCCUCGCCAUCAGAAUGAAGAUGCUUCAAUUUGUGAUGACGCUGGUGGAAAACAGCAACAAGCCUUCGUCUUCAAAGGGUCACACAUUAAAUUAUCUUCAAAAAGAGUCCAACAUGUCUAAAAAGUGUCUUAUUGUCACCAGAUUACAGAACUAUUACCAACAAUAAUACAAAAAUCUGGAGAUAAAUCCAGAACACACUUUUGUUUCAUGAAAUUAAAGGAUGAAUAUAUUCUUUAUUUUUCUUAUCGGCCCAAACAAAUCCCCAACG